AUGGCGGUCGGGUUUCGAAGCCCACACAGUCGUGGUGCAACUUCGAAGGAAACUGAAUUAGUGCACCAUCAGCCCAGCAUUGCUCCAGCGUUUCCACUAUCGUCCCCUCAACAGGAGCCUCUCACGACGUUUAAACCCAUUAAUGGCGGUAUGACAUUGGCACCAACCGAGACCUUCUUUUCCCCAAAUCCUUUCGCUUCCAGCUCUUCCGACGAUGACACUGGAUCUUCGAGUGGCCAGGAUGAAUUCCACCUUGAGAGAUAUAGUCGAGAAACGACGAGAAACGGACAGGUUUCGGAACCAAAGCGCAAGCAGUCCAGUCGACGAAAGCAUCAGCAGAAGUUAGUGGGACCUCGAACCGACAAGAAGACUCGCCCAGGAUUGAAUAUUGUCACCAAUUUCCCAGCGCAGGCCAAACGAGCGCAAACUGAUGGGCUUGUCAUUGAACAGGUGCAGUCACAAAGACCUCGCCUGGGCCCGAGAUACACCACAUCCGUCCUGUCGGCUAAAGCUGAGCAUGUAAGCCACUUGGUACCCGACUCUAUUCCUAAUCACAACAUGAAAGGACCGCUAAAUCACAAUGGAGAGGUCUUGAAGAGGACCAUCGCCCGACAAGCUGUUUCGAAGUUACAAGAGUCACAAGCGGCGCGAAAGGCGGGGGAGGAGUUUCGGGUGAUCGGAAAGAUGGACACUGGGGGACAAGCUCAUGGGAUUGUCAAAGAGGAGGAGCUCCGAGAACCAACCAAUGCCCUAAGUGAUUACUCCCCGGAGGCUCGAUCAAUCGUUAUAGGAAUUAGUGUUCCCGAACACGAACUGGACGCACACCGUUCUGCUGGUGGCGUAAGCAAUCCCUACUCCGCGAUCACGCCAGACACGCCUGCAAUCGUGGUUACUCCAGCUGAAGAAACAGAUUCUUGGAAACCGCCUUUCUUCGGCAAGGGUCGGCCUAUAUCGAGCACGUAUUCUCCAUAUACGCGCAGCGAAACGCAGAUCCGAGACAGUGAACUGCCGCCGGUGCCGAAGAUUCCGUUGAGACACGCACACUGUGAUAACCAAGUUCAGCCAACGAUAGGCGCAAGCAUUGCUCAAUCCACCCGAGGUGCCAGCCAAAAGGAUGCAGAGGACUAUGACAGUGACGGCGGAUCCCAUCAAUCUCUGGAGGAGAUAUCGAGGAUGUCGUCCGAUAGCCAAGAACAAAUUCUCCCCUCAGAUAUAGAAAGCAGACGGCGCAAAUCACAGGGUUGGUGGAAUCUUAUGCUCUCGCCCAUGCUUUCGAGGAAGGGCACCACCACAGAGAAACCCAAGAGCAAGAGUCCAGCCACGCCUCCAGUACCUUCGCUGCCAGCCGAUAUACGUCUUUCCAGAAGUGACAUCGUUUCUCCUCUCACCUCCGAAUCCCCAGAAACACCUCGGCGGCUCGGAUUGGCAAGUGCUAGGGCAAGCAUUUGGUCGAGGUGGACAACAUGGGAAAAACAAAGAGAUGGCAGUUUGCAUUCUCCUCCCGCCAAUUUACCUCAUCCUGAUGUCGAUCAAUCUCCACAUUUAGUACAAGAUGUUAACCCAGGCACAGCGUGGGCUGUCGUCGAUUUCACCAAAGGCCUUGCAGCAGAAUAUUACCAUGCUUGUGCUGUCGAACAAUUGACGGGUGUUCCAUACUUUGAAUGCGACAACCACUCCUGUGCCAGCAGAUUACCAAAGCUUCAUUCAAUUUUUGACAAAGGAGUCGUUGCUGAGCCCGCUCAGGACGUCUCUAAUUCGAGGCGGGUUGAUGCUGACCUUGAAGAGACUGCAGAUGCUCCAGCCAAUGAAGAGAGAGUGCUGAGUCGUGGUGUUUCCAUCCGCUCAGAGCCUGAAGAACUGUCACCAAAUGUCAGACAAGCAGAAACCGCCGCGGUUGUUAAGGCAAAGUCUGUGGAGAGCCCGGACGUCAAACAGGUGGAAUCACAACAGAAGGAGGCUGCCUCACCAUUGCUCCCCGCGGUUGACACCUCACAGGCACCAAGGCAGUCGGUCACAAGCACGGAACAGACUCGUCGUGAAGCACAUUAUCCCAGUAUCGCUGCCGUUGCGGCUCAACCGCCAAUUUUGUCACCAGGCCCUGUCUCUCCAGCGAUGCAGCAUACAAUGACAUCUCAAGGUGCCGUCCCGAUGACACAAGUCGACUACCAACCCAGCCAACCACGUUCGUUGGAGCAAACCACACCAUCAGACCGACCACAAGCGCCGGCGCCAACGCAGCCACCGUCAGUCACGAUUCAUAACCACACAUUUUAUAGCGAAAGAUUCGCAAGUGGAGAUGACAACACUGUUCGGGAAACGAGAAGAGAUGCCAUGGAGCGGCUUGAAUCUACCACCUCGACCCAAGAAGUCAGCCAAAAACAGGAAGUCACAAGGCAACAAAUGCCAGUUUCGCACGAAUCAGAAACCGUCAAAAAGGCAGGUGUGAUGACCAGACUCAAAGGGCUUCUUCGUCGAAAAAAGGCGGGCAACAAGGACGACGCGGACAAGAAAAAGAAACGCCGAUGGACACUUAUCAUUGGCAUAAUCCUAUUUAUCAUCGUCCUGGCGUGUGUUCUCCUGGCCACCUUCCUCACAAGAACAGGCGACAGCACUCCUGUACAGAGCCAGUGGCUUAAUCUUACCGGCUAUCCUCCCAUCCCCACGGGCAUAUCCACCAUAGCCAGACCCGAUGUCGUCAAGCAGCAGUCCCAAUGUGUGGGACCCAACACAAUGUGGAGCUGUGCUCUGCCCAAGGAGGAGCAGUUCGAGGUUGCUCCCAACUCUCCGGACCAGCCGAACUUUCGAUUCGAGAUCAACUUUCGAAACGGCACUGUACCAGCGAAUAUGACGGUGCCCAUACAAGAGCUCAGGAAGAGGUCAGAGCGGCGCCUGCGGAAGAGGGCGGACGAUCCGUUUACAAACGAUCUGUUUGAUCCUAACCCGACGCCACCAAGCCGGGCGGACCAGAUCUUCAUGGGCAACACGACCGACAACAUCACGAAGCCGUUCGAGGGGGAGCAGACGCCUUUCUAUAUUACAUUCGUUCCAGUAUUUCCUAUCGACCCUUCAAAUACAACCGCCACGGCAUCUAGCCCGACAGGCUCCAAGCUUCGAAGGCGUCAGUCGACGAAUUCCUCAGAUGCCAUUCCGGCGCCCGACGUCCUGAGCGAUGGGAGUGCUGCGCCUGCCAACCUCCUCCCUAACGAUCCGUACCCUUCAUCUCAGCCGAUCAAACUAUACAACAGAGGUCAAGCGGACGAGCACUACGGCUUCUACAUCUACUACGACAAGGCAAUUUUCUUGCAUUCGACGGCAGCCUUGAACACCUCGGAAUUUACAGACAACAAUGGAAUUGACCCCGAGGACGAAAACGGGGGUUCCACUCGCGAUCAGUCCCGACUGCGGUGCACCUUUAGUCAAACGAGGUUCCUGGUCCGCAUGUGGACCAACCCAGCCUUUGGCGCAACGCUUCUCCCUGCCGCCUCGAAUGGGACCAACUCGACCGACGGAGGGAGCAGCAAUUCAGCAACCGAUUUCAGCCGACCAGGCUCAUUUCCGUACCCGACGACGAUCAGUAUUGACCGACAUGGGGGCAACAUCAACAAGAAAGCAGUGUAUUGUUACGGCGUAGAUCAACUACAGGUUAUCCAGUCCGAUAUAAAGACGAUCGUGCCAGAGUUCAGAAGUGUUUCAGGGACCUUGAUCAACGCGGCGCCAGGUCUUGUGAAUGGCACCAUCAGCGACGACACUGGAUUCGACCAGGAAGCAGGCGGUAUUGACGGAGGGACUGGGGGAUUGGGUGACUGGCUCCCCGAUCACGACGUUCACCGAGAAUGGCUCAGCGGCGUCAUCCAAAAGGUGGAUCAGAACCCCAAAGAUCUUCACCCGGUCUUGGUCGAAUUCAAGGAGUUGAUCGAAAACAACACUCGAGUGUACAUGCUCUUUGAGUCCAUGUUUGAGCAGGUCCCUAAGAAGGAGCCCUACAACAACGACCCUCGCGGUGAGGGACAUCCCCAGGUCCGCGACUAUAUCCAUAUGCUUCGUGUCAUCAAUCACAUGUUGACCACGCCGCCAUCAUGGUCCGAGAGCUCGGCGCGCACUGGACUGGUUGGCCUUCCGUUCAACGCCCUCUUCGAUUGGCCCAUGGGAACAGCUUCGGGGUACGCCGUGUUUCUUGACCCAGACGUAAAUAAAAUGUUGAAGAAAGUCCUCAAUGCAUGGGGAGACUUUCUUCGCUCUCCAGAAUCGGCAAAGGUCCUGGAGAAAGACGCUCAAGGGAGCUGGUUUGGUCCGCAUGGCCAGAAGGAGCUCACCACGACAGCCAAUUUGGGCAAGACAGGUUACAAAUUUGAGGAAUUGUUCCAGUGCGAUCCAUCAAAGCCUCACAUGGGUUACAAAUCCUGGGAUGAUUUCUUCACGCGGCUCUUCAAGGAGGAGGCACGGCCGGUGGCCAGUCCCGAGGACGACAAUGUGAUUGCAAACGCGUGCGAAUCCAAGACAUUCAAGGUGGCGCGCGACGUCAAGGCGCGAGACCAUUUCUGGCUCAAGGGACAGCCGUAUUCGGUGAUCGACAUGUUGGCACAGGAUCCCUGGGCGGACAAGUUCGUUGGAGGGACCGUAUACCAAGCUUUUCUUAGCGCAUUGAGCUAUCAUCGCUGGCAUGCACCUGUCUCUGGCAAACUGGUCAAAGCAUACGUGGUGGACGGGACUUACUAUUCAGAGCCUUUGUUCGAAGACUUCAAACCCGACCACCCUGCGGAUCCUGAGGGGCAAGUCACCAGUCAAGGAUAUUUGACAGCCACGGCCACACGGGCGAUCAUGUUCUUUGAAGCAGACAACCCAGCUCUUGGGCUCAUGGCGUUUCUAGGCAUCGGUAUGUGCGAAGUAUCGACUUGCGAAAUCACGGUCAAGGAGGGUCAGCAUGUGAAGAAGGGCGACGAGAUUGGCAUGUUCCAUUUCGGAGGAUCGACACAUUGUUUGAUGUUCAGGAAGGGGGUUCGUGUCGAAGGAUUUCCAGAGCCACACCCUGAGCAUAAUAUCCCUGUGCGAAGUGAGUUGGCGAGGGUGAAGGUGUAG